AUGAGCAUCCUGCAGAAGAUUGCUGAGAUUGAGGCCGAGAUGGCCCGUACGCAAAAAAAUAAAGCGACUAUGGGUCAUAUCGGUCUUCUCAAAGCUCGUUUGGCGAAGCUUCGUCGAGAGCUCAUUGAGCCAAAAGGAGGUGGCGGUGGUGGCGGCGGCGAAGGCUUUGAUGUCGCCAAAACUGGUGAUGCUCGCGUCGGUUUUGUCGGUUUCCCUUCUGUAGGCAAAUCCACACUUCUAACCAACUUAGCCGGUGUCUAUUCUGAAGUUGCCGCCUAUGAAUUCACCACCCUUACAACGGUUCCUGGUGUUAUUCGUUAUAAGGGAGCUAAAAUUCAACUUCUUGAUUUGCCUGGUAUUAUCGAAGGUGCUAAAGACGGAAAGGGUCGUGGCAAACAGGUUAUUGCUGUUGCCAGAACCUGCUCUUUGAUUUUGAUGGUUUUGGAUGUUCUAAAACCGCUCCAACACAAACGUCUAUUGGAGCACGAAUUGGAGGGCUUCGGUAUUCGGCUGAACAAGCAGCCUCCAAAUAUCUCCUUCCGCAAGAAGGACAAAGGUGGCAUUAACUUUCAAUCACUUGUACCACUCACUGAGUUGGACAAGGAGACAGUUAAAACAAUUCUCAACGAAUAUAAAAUCCAUAAUGCCGAUGUCACCUUUAAAUGUGAUGCUUCAGCAGAAGAUUUGAUUGAUGUUAUUGAGGGAAAUCGAGUCUACAUACCCUGCAUUUAUGUUCUCAACAAAAUCGACCAAAUCUCGAUCGAAGAACUCGACAUAAUUUGCAAAGUGCCACAUUGCGUUCCAAUCUCAGCCCAUCACAAGUGGAACUUUGACGAGCUGCUGGAGAAGAUGUGGGAUUAUCUAAGCCUUAUUCGAAUUUACACUAAACCAAAGGGUCAACUACCUGAUUACUCAUCUCCGGUUAUUCUCAAAUCCUUUGCCCAUACUAUUGAGGAUUUCUGUAAUAAGAUUCAUCGAAGCAUUAUCAAGGAAUUUAAAUACGCGAUUGUUUGGGGUUCAUCAGUAAAACAUCAACCACAGAGAGUCGGAAAGGAUCACGUUGUCGACGACGAAGACGUCGUUCAGAUUGUCAAAAGAGAAGAACGGGAGGCUUGUUGGCAGGCUCGGGAUGCCUUUUGGUCUUGUAUCAAAGAGGCUUACGCAGAUGUCACGAAAGUUCCGGAUGAACCCGAGGAGACCCUGAAGGUUCCCCAGUGUCGGUCCUUACGGAAAACGUAUGAGAGUUUAUGUCCUGGUGCCUGGUGGCUUGUAAAUGUCUCGGUCUGCUCUAGGAAGCUGGCCUAA